CACUUGCACUUGGUGUUCUUGCUGCUCAAGCCCAUGUUGGUGAGAUUACUACAGUUUUCGGUCUUGCCGAGUUCAAUCCCAAAGGUGUAGAUAGGCUGCAAGGCAAUUUAAGUUCAAACGGAAAAUGCUUUCCUGACUUCAUAUUAAGGUUUGAAUCGUGCAAUACUUACAUUUUAUCAUCACAGCCAUGGCUUGCAGCAAGAUCAAAUAUGAUAGACAUAGUUGACUGCAACUUGGCAGCGACUCUUUCAGUAGUUGAGCUCCUUGUAGCAUACUUCUUCUCCUUCUUCAUAUUGGACUCGGUUUCUCUUCCAUGUUUUUUUUUCUCCUUAUUGUCAAUUGCAAUCUUACCUCUUCUUUUCGCUCCGUCACCUGCUACUUUGGGCCUAUAUCUAAGUUUCUUAGUUGUCGUCCUAUUUAACAGCCUUUUAUUCACAUCUGAAUCAUUUCUUGGUCUUCUGCUCACAACUUGCUUCACUAAUGGAGUUGUUGGCUCUAAACCAUCAUUAGAAUGGAUCUUCUCAUUUUCCUUAAGAGAAACAAAUUUGCCUUGCGAAUCUUUUUGUCCAUCAACUGAAUUCAAAAUGAAAAAUAUAGAAUAUAGGCAAGCAAAAGUAAAAACUAUGUAGGCAAUAAGAUCUAUUCCAAAUCAACACAAGACAGAUGAGGAGCUCUCAACAUAUAGUCGUUCUACUUUCCAUGAACACUCAUUUGCUGCUAAAACUAAGCGAUGGCUGGAGAGACGAUCUUCCAGAAUAAAUGCACUUCUUAUUCUUGUUCUUGACGGAACUUGUAUGGUGAUUGGGGAUGGAAUUCUCACUUCGGCUAUAUCUGGUAUGAUCAAGCUUUACUCAUUAAGCCAAUUUUUACUACUCUGAUAUUAUGUGCAGACGUGAAUUUUUAGCCAACUAUGAAUUGAAUUGCAAAGAAGUGUCAUUCAAGCAAAUCAAAAGAUGCAGUCUUAAUUUUUCAUCUGCCAAAUUUUAAUUUAUCUAGUACAUCCUUGUUAGAAGUUAGGGUCUUUCUUAUUAGAUAUUAUAAAUUACAUUACAUACUAAUAUGUUACUGUCAUCUCAGUGCCUUGCAAUAGGAGAAUAUGUAACAAUAAUGGCUCGACUCAGCCAAAAUAUGCUAACCCAAGUUAAUUUAGUAAUUGAAAUCUAAAUUUUAUA